AUGAAAACUUGCUCGUUUCGAGGAGCUGAACCUCGAUCUAACAUAGAAGAUCUAUUCUGUGGAAGAGAUGAACCUCAAGCAAGAUAUGCAUUAGUUCCAUGUGGCAAUCUUUUUUGUUCAUGUUGUCUUUCAGUACAUACUUACAAGAAAAGUCAACCAUGGCCUAUCGUUGAUUUUACUUCAAGUUCAAAACAUCGAUUUCUCAAUGGUUAUACUUCCUAUCUCAAUUGUCCAGCAACAUGUACUACAUCGAAUGUAAUUUAUGCCAUGACAUUUCCAUGUGGUCAUUAUGAUUAUGUUGAUUCAACAGCAAAAACAUUGGCUGAUGCUAUGGCUUAUCAUCGAGAACAUGGCAACCGUAUUAUACAUGAAAAAAUGACUUGUGAUCCUCUAUUUCGAGGAUCACAAAUCGAUCCUGACGAGAGAGAGUAA